AAAAUGUUCAAGCGUGGAGGCAAAGCAGGACAGCCACCAGCAAAGAAAUUCAGAAAUGAUGAAGACGAAGAUCCUUCAGGUUUUGAAGAUGAACUGGCUCUGAUGGAUGCUAUAGAAGCAGAAAAGGACUCUGAGACCAUGGAUGUAGAUGGGGAUGGACCUGAAUAUGAGGCCACAUCUUCCAAGUGGUCACGUCCUGCCCUACCUCCCAUUGAUAGUAGUAAAGACAUCAUCGCAUUUCAACAGAUAGAUAUUGAUUAUUAUAUUGGAACUCACAUGAAUGGAAUGCCUGGUGCCAAAGUUGGUCCAACACCAAUUAUAAGAAUGUAUGGCAUUACAAUGGAGGGAAACAGUGUUCUGGCUCAUGUCCAUGGCUUCACCCCCUACUUUUUUGUUCCUGCUCAGCCUGGGUUCAAGCAAGAGGAUUGUGACAGAUUCAAAGAAUCUCUUGACGUUGUUGUGCGAAAAGACAUGCGCUCUAACAAGGAGAGUGUCGUACAUGCUGUCCUUGCUGUGGACUAUGUUAUGAAAGAAAGUAUCUAUGGUUACCAUGGAAACAAAAAAAUUCCUUAUCUGCAAAUCACUGUGGCACUGCCAAGACUGAUCGCACCUUGUAAAAGAUUGUUAGAGCAGGGUUUCCAGUGUCCCGGGUAUUCACAGUAUGGCUUUCAGACUUAUGAGAGCAACAUUGACUUUGAAAUCAGGUUCAUGGUUGACGCCCAUGUUGUAGGCUGUAACUGGAUUGAGCUCCCAGCUAAAAAAUAUUUCAUCCGUAAAAAGGACGUACCAGGUGUGCACCUGGCGUCGCGGUGCCAGCUGGAGGUGGACAUUGCUUGGACAGACUUUGUCUCCCACUCCCCAGAGGGGGAAUGGUCCAAGGUCGCGCCUUUCAGGAUUCUUAGCUUUGACAUUGAGUGUGCUGGAAGAAAAGGAAUUUUCCCAGAAGCAAAUAAAGACCCUGUCAUUCAAAUAGCCAACAUGGUGAUCAGGCAAGGGGACUCAGAUCCUUUCAUUAGAAAUAUAUUCACACUAAAAUCCUGUGCUCCUGUUGUCGGAUCACAAGUUCUAUCAUAUGAAACAGAGUCUGAGAUGCUUCAGAAAUGGGCAUCAUUUUUCCGUGAGAUAGAUCCAGACAUUGUGACUGGCUACAAUAUUCAAAAUUUUGAUUUCCCGUAUCUUAUCAAUAGGGCUAACCAUUUAAAGGUGAAAGAUUUUAACUACCUGGGGCGCAUCAAGGACAUCAUAUCUGUCCUAAAGGAUGCCACUUUUCAGAGCAAACAGAUGGGGAAGCGAGAGAAUAAAGUUGUGAAUAUAGAAGGAAGGGUUCAGUUUGAUCUUUUGCAGAUAUUACUGAGGGACUACAAGCUCAGAUCAUAUACACUUAAUGCAGUUUCGUUCCAUUUCCUGCAAGAACAAAAAGAAGACGUCCAACAUUCCAUUAUCACAGAUUUACAGAAUGGCAAUGAACAAACCCGACGCAGAUUAGCAGUUUACUGUCUCAAGGACGCCAUUUUGCCAAUUCGUUUGUUAGAAAAGCUGAUGUGUGUCAUCAACUACAUGGAAAUGGCACGUGUCACAGGUGUGCCGCUACCUUUUCUUUUAUCCAGGGGCCAGCAGAUUAAAGUUAUGUCUCAGCUCUUAAGAAAGGCUAAAGAACAAGACCUAGUUCUACCUGCCCACAAAAUAGAAACAGGAGAUGAGUAUGAAGGUGCAACAGUCAUUGAGCCAGUCAAAGGCUACUAUGACAUACCCAUUGCCACCCUUGACUUUGCAUCACUGUACCCGUCUAUCAUGAUGGCCCACAACUUGUGUUACACUUCUCUGUUGAAUGAGGCUGCCACCAAAACCUUGACACCUGACCAGUUUAUAAAAACCCCAUCUGGCAACUACUUCUGUAAAGCCACUUUGAGGAAAGGAUUAUUGCCAGAGAUUUUAGAACAUCUUCUGGCAGCCAGGCAAAAGGCGAAGUCUGAUUUAAAAAAUGAAACUGAUCCAUUUAAAAAGAAAGUGUUGGAUGGCCGACAGCUCGCCCUAAAAAUCACGGCCAACUCUGUGUAUGGUUUCACCGGAGCCCAAGUUGGCAAGUUGCCCUGUCUAGAGAUCUCACAGAGUGUCACUGCAUUUGGUCGUAUGAUGAUUGAUAUGACAAAACACUAUGUUGAAGAAACAUACACUAAAGCCAAUGGAUACGAAUAUGAUGCUAAAGUAAUCUAUGGAGAUACUGACUCAGUCAUGUGCAGAUUUGGUGUGACCACAGUGGAGGAGGCUAUGAAGCUGGGCAAACAUGCAGCAGAGUACAUUUCUACCAAGUUUGUCAGUCCCAUCCGGCUUGAAUUUGAAAAAGUUUACUUCCCCUACCUCCUGAUCAACAAAAAAAGAUACGCUGGGUUGUAUUGGACCAACCCAAAGAAACACGACAAAAUGGACUGUAAGGGAAUUGAAACUGUUAGGAGAGACAACUCACCUUUAGUUGCUCAUCUCAUUAACACCUGCUUACAGCUUCUUCUCAUUGACAGGAACCCACAAGGUGCCAUAGAGUUCACCCAACAGACCAUCUCUGACCUCUUGUGUAACAGGAUAGACAUCUCACAGCUGGUCAUCACAAAAGAACUGACCAAAACAGACGAGGAAUAUGCUGGAAGACAAGCUCAUGUUGAGCUUGCUAAUAAAAUGCAGAAGAGAGACCCAGGUAGUGCCCCUAAACUUGGAGACCGUGUUCCAUAUGUUAUUGUGGCUGCCGCUAAAGGCACUGCUGCCUAUCUGAAGUCUGAAGACCCCAUCUAUGUCCUGGAGAACAACAUCCCUAUAGACACGCAGUACUACCUCGAGAACCAGCUGUCCAAGCCUCUCUUGAGGAUAUUUGAACCCAUCCUGGGAGAGAAGAAAGCUGAGGCUGUCUUGUUGAAGGGAGAACAUACAAGGACACGGACAGUGGUCAUGUCAAAGGUCGGGGGCUUGGCUGCUUUCACGAAGAAGAAAAGUACUUGUAUAGGAUGUAAGGUUCCAUUGGACCAUGAAGGUGAAGCUGUGUGCAAACACUGCAAGCCGAAAGAAUCCGAACUGUAUCAGAAAGAAAUCAGCCAGGUCCAAGCUUUGGAAGAAAAAUUUUCUCGCCUUUGGACCCAGUGCCAAAGGUGUCAGGGAAGCUUACAUGAAGAUGUUCUGUGCACAAAUCGAGACUGCCCAAUAUUUUACAUGCGCAAGAAGAUCCAGAAAGAUCUGCAUGACCAAGACAAGUUGAUUUCUAGAUUUGGUGACGUGUCCUGGUAGAGGUCUCAUGAUAAUGGUGGAUUGAUGAUUGUAUCAUGAUUGUAUCAUGAAAUUGGUAACACAAUCAUUAAAACCUUGUUCCUUAUGCUUGUAAAAUUUGUAAUAAAGUAGUAUUCUAUAUUUGAUGUGUAUAUAACUUGUUUGCCUGUAAUUGCCAUUUUUUUUUUAAAUUGUAUUAUUUUCCAUCAUAAGUUUUCCAAUUAGUGAGCUUUAAAUAUUAAUGAGGCUACACAGAAAAUUACCAUUUGGUUGACUUAACUCUAAGAGCUUUAGUUCAAACCAUGUUCAUAGUUGAUCUUAUGUUUUGGAGUCCACUCAGCCUUUGAUGAGUACCCAGCAUUUAUUUAUCGAGGAAUUACAUGUUCUGCUCACAAAAUAUUCUUACCACCUCUAAAAGUGUUGAAGUCCACUUGUCUAAAACAAUAUCUACAUAACUUUGAAAGGAAUUUUUUUCAUUUUUUUUAGUAGGUACAAUAUAUGUAAAUGCAGUUUAUAAUUGUUUUAAUUAUAAUUGGCUGAUUUACUACUUUGUAAAAACUAAGUAUAAAACUGUUGAUUGAUAAUCUUGUUGAAGUUUCUCACAUUCAUGAGAUAACUAGAAGGGCAAUAAUAAAACUUUUUGUAAAUAAAAUGCUACGUAAUUAGACAAAUUGUUACUUUGUUCCUUCUUUGAAGUUCUAGUUAAAUAAAUAACAUUUGGU